AUGGAGGCAGCAGCUCAGGCGCUUUCUCUUUCUGCUGAAAAUUAUGUAAAUGAUCCGGUAAUUGAACAGCAAUGGGCUAUUAAAGCUUUUCAACAUUCCGAGAUUUAUUUCAAUUUAUUAUGUGCUAUAGCCGAUCCGAAAAGUCUUCGUUUAACACCUAAUGAUGAUAAGAUUUAUGGACGUUUUCGAGAAAUGUUUCCUGAUUUCAAUGUUGAUGUUUUAGACGAAAAUACUUUGAAAACCGAACAAGCUAAACAGAAAUGGAGAGAAUUUUGUGAACAAUUUCGUGAUUUUGUCGAAGACUAUAAUUUUGGUACUUUAGUUCGAACUCGAGCAGAUGGAGAAUAUAGUGAAGAAAAUACAAUUUUACUUGUGCGUAUUCAGUUUUACGCUAUUGAAAUUGCUCGUAAUCGUGAAGGAUAUAAUUCUCGUGUACGUCAUCUAUAUGGAACAAAGAAAGAAUCUGUAUCUUAA